AUGUUUGCAGUACUCCCGCAUGGCUCACGCAUGAAUCUCACGAUAGCCGCAUUGCAGUACACCGUAAAGCCUCAAAACUACUCCGUUACAGUUUUGUGUGCAUUCGUGAUAUUGAAAGUCGAAACGAUAUGGCAAGAGUACCUCAAUUCAGAAAAUGGCAUCUUAUUGACACUAUACCCUAAUCAUAUUCUACGUAACAUGAUGCAAAUGCCUAUCUACUCCCUUUCGUGUGCUUGUUCAACUCUAGCAACCUCCCUAUUUAACUUAUUCCCUCCUCUCUACUUUGCUCUUGCAUUUCCCAUUGGCCUAAAUCUGGCACAGGGAGUCUUUGAGAACAGAAUUACUACCGUGCCUGUAGAGAUCGUGUACUUGUCGUCAAGAGCGGAUUUUGCAGGUUCAGUUAUUCUUUCAGUGACAGCUGAACAUGGAUGGAUACGAAUCGAUUCGGCGAGGACAGAUUUUAGAAGCGGUUCGGAUACUAUACUGUGGAUACCAUAA